AUGAAGGUGGUGCUGCUGGACCACCACAUCCACGCGGAGUCCCUUCGCCGACAGCUGGUGGAGGUGAGCCGCACUCCUGACCUGCCGCUGCUGUUCGUCAACAAGCAGCUCGUCGGCACCCUCCACGAUGUCCAGGAGCUGGAGCAGGAGAAAAAGCUGAAGGACCUGCUCCAUUUUGGCUUCGAGUGGCGUGUGGGCGGUGGCGGCAAUGGAGAGAAGUCAUUGACGGGCACGCUGCCGGCGCCAUACGGUGACACGGAACUGUUUCGUGGCCGCUAUCGUGGCACGCCGGUGGCGAGGCCGGUGGUGGCGUUGCCAAAGCUGCAUCCAUUUGAUUUCCACUCGAAUGAGUAA